AGGAGGGUUAUGGGUAAAGAAGGCUGUGUCUGCGUGUUGAUGUCAGAGCAGAGGACUUGAAUUGAGUAUGGAGGACCGAAGAAGCUAGUUAGCCACGGCAACUGACACUGUAGAAACGAAUUACAGCGACAAAAAGUUACAGUGAGGAAAAAUAGCAUCGAGACGCAUAUGUAUGAACUGUUGCCGAUGAGAAUCGGCUGGAUGUGUUUUUAGGAAUACGGGAUUCUUCGCUAAACAUUCCCCUUUGGAGAGGAUGCGGGAGGAAUUUACUGUUUAUUUACGGGCGAAAAGAAAAGGGUUGGAUUUUGAAUACUGGGGGUUGUUUGUGAACAGGAAAAUUUGAAAUUGAGGAGAGGCAGUCCGCAGCGCUCAAAAAGAGGAGGGGAGGGAGACGAAGAAAACGCCCUGUUGCUGAAUCCCUCACAAAACAUUAGGGUUAACUUUAUCGCGCCAUCGAAAACACCAGUCGCACAAAUGGAUAUGGAUCGGGAAGUUUAAUACUUCAUUGGCAAAAGGACUCUGCGUACACUAACGGGGAUUGUGGAACGGUCUGCGUUUACGCAUUUUUUUCCGGGAUUGUUUUCCCUCGUUUCUCUCUUCGCCUGGACAUAAAGCGAGUCCGAACUAAUUCCUGAGGGCGGUGAAUUGGAGGCGGCUUAGGCCCACGGACACUGUGUGGCAGAACAAAAAAAAAAGCUGUUUUCGAACCUCCUUCAUGUGAGCUCAUCUUUUAAAAAAGGGUUAUCCUGAAUUCUGUAAAGGAACGGACACCGAUUAAACUGUUAAAAAUGUCGUCCGGAGCAGAACGACGGCUUGAAAACCGGCUGAAGAAACUGGAAGCCAUGAUCAAAGAUCCAAAGAACGCGGUAAACUUGGAAAGUUUACUGGACUCCAUGAACGCCCUGGUUCUCGACCUGGACUUCCCCGCGCUGAGGAAAAACAAGAACAUCGAAACGUUUUUAAACCGAUAUGAGAAGGUCAUGGCCUCUAUUCGGGAUCUCCAGAUGAAGUCGGAGGAUUUUGACAGAGUGAAGGUCAUCGGUAGGGGAGCCUUUGGAGAGGUCCAGCUGGUGCGGCAUAAAGCCUCACAGAAGGUCUACGCCAUGAAGCUGCUGAGUAAAUUUGAGAUGAUCAAGCGCUCUGACUCCGCCUUCUUCUGGGAGGAGCGUGACAUCAUGGCCUUCGCCGACAGCCCCUGGGUCGUGCAGCUGUGCUGCGCCUUCCAGGACGACCGCUACCUGUACAUGGUGAUGGAGUACAUGCCGGGGGGCGACCUGGUCAACCUGACCAGCACCUACGACGUUCCGGAGAAGUGGGCGCGGUUCUACACGGCCGAGGUGGUCCUGGCCCUGGACGCCAUCCACUCCAUGGGCUUCAUCCACCGCGACGUCAAGCCCGACAACAUGCUGCUGGACUGCCAGGGCCACCUCAAGCUGGCCGACUUCGGCACCUGCAUGAAGAUGGACACGACGGGGAUGGUGCGCUGCGACACGGCGGUGGGCACGCCGGACUACAUCUCCCCCGAGGUGCUGAAGUCCCAGGGCGGCGACGGCUACUACGGCCGCGAGUGCGACUGGUGGUCCGUGGGGGUCUUCAUCUUCGAGAUGCUGGUCGGUGACACUCCCUUUUAUGCGGACUCACUGGUGGGGACCUACAGUAAGAUCAUGGACCACAAAAACUCGCUCAACUUCCCCGACGACGUGGAGAUCUCCAAGGAUGCCAAGAACCUCAUCUGUGCCUUUUUAACAGACAGGGAUGUGCGGCUGGGGCGCAAUGGCGUGGAGGAGGUCAAGCGCCACCCCUUCUUCAAGAACGACCAGUGGACCUUCGACACCAUCCGCGAGACUGUAGCUCCAGUAGUGCCGGAGUUGAGCAGUGACAUUGACACCAGUAACUUUGAUGAGAUAGAGGAGGUGAAAGGCGAUGUGGAGACCUUCCCUCCGCCCAAGGCCUUCGUAGGGAACCAGCUGCCCUUCGUGGGAUUCACCUACUUCAAGGAGGACCAGUUGUUAACUGGCUCAAACCCCACCGUGGAGGAGAAUGAGCGUCGGGCCUCAGCCAAAGGAGAGGUGAGUGUGUGUUCAGAUCAACUGAAGAAGAAGCUGAAACAGCUGGAAGAGAAGCUCAGUGCUGAGAUGCAAGCCAAAGAUGAAGUAGAGAACAAAUACAGGACUGCCAGCAGUCGCCUGGAGAAAAUCUCCAAAGAACUGGAUGAGGAGGUGAGCGGGCGGAAGACUCUAGAAUCGACGCUGAGGCAGCUGGAGCGGGAGAAGGCCCUGCUGCAGCACAAGAGCGUGGAGAGCCACAGGAAGGCCGAGAGCGAGGCCGACAAGAAGCGCUGCCUGGAGAACGAGAUGAACAGUCUGCGGGACCAGCUGGAGGACAUGAAGAAGAGGAACCAGAACUCUCACAUUUCCAACGAGAAGAACAUCCAUCUGCAGAGACAGCUGGACGAGGCGAACGCGCUCCUGCGGGCGGAGACGGACGCGGCGGCGCGGCUGAGGAAGACUCAGACGGAGAUGACGAAGCAGGUGCAGCAGCUGGAGGGGAGCGUGCGGGAGCUGCAGGACAAGUGCCUGGCGCUGGAGAACGGGAAGCUCAAGCUGGAGAAGGACUUCAUCAGCCUGCAGUCCGCCCUCGAGUCCGAGAAGAGGGACCGCAGCCAGGGCUCCGAGACCAUCUCCGACCAGCAGGGGCGUAUCACGGGCCUGGAGGAGGAGCUGAAGCAGGCCAAGGCCUCGCUGUCCAAGGGGGAGGCGGAGAAGAGGCAGCUGCAGGAGAAGCUGACUGACCUGGAGAAGGAGAAGAGCAACAAGGAGAUCGACAUGACCUACAAGCUGAAGGUGCUGCAGCAGGGGCUGGAGCAGGAGGAGGUGGCCCACAAGGCCACCAAGGCCCGCCUCGCCGACAAGAACAAGAUCUACGAGUCCAUCGAGGGCGCCAAGUCAGAGGCCAUGAAGGAGAUGGAGCAGAAGCUGCAGGAGGAGCGCGCACUGAAGCUGCAGGUGGAGAACAAGAUGCUGGAGCUGGAGAAGCAGAGCUCCAUGCUGGACUGCGACUACAAGCAGUCCCAGCAGAAGCUGGAGGAGCUGCGCAGACACAAGGAGAAACUCACAGAGGAGGUGAAGAACCUGACCCUGAGGAUCGAGCAGGAGACGCAGAAGCGCAGCCUGACGCAGAACGACCUGAAGGCUCAGUGCCAGCAGCUCAACGCGCUGCGCAUGUCCGAGAAGCAGCUCAAGCAGGAGGUCAACCACCUGCUGGACAUCCGGCACAGCCUGGAGAAGCAGAACCAGGAGCUCAGGAAGGAGAGGCAGGAUGCUGAUGGACAGAUGAAGGAACUUCAGGAUCAGCUGGAGGCAGAGCAGUAUUUCUCGACGCUAUAUAAGACGCAGGUUCGGGAGCUGAAGGAGGAGUGUGAGGAGAAGAACAAGCUGUACAAAGACAUGCAGCAGAACCUGCAGGAGCUGCAGGAGGAGAGGGACUCGCUGGCGGCGCAGCUGGAGAUCACGCUGACCAAGGCGGACUCGGAGCAGCUGGCCCGCUCCAUCGCGGAGGAGCAGUACUCCGACCUGGAGAAGGAGAAGAUCAUGAAGGAGCUGGAGAUCAAGGAGAUGAUGGCCCGGCACAAGCAGGAGCUUGGGGAGAAGGACGCCACCAUCAGCUCGCUGGAGGAGGCAAACCGCACCCUCACCAGCGACGUCGCCAACCUGGCCAAUGAGAAGGAGGAGCUCAACAACAAGCUGAAGGAAGCGCAUGAGCAGCUGCAGAAGUCGAAGGAGGAGGAGCAGCAGAUAAGCCAGGUGAAGAUGGCCUUCGAGAAGCAGCUUCAGAACGAGAGAACGCUCAAGACCCAGGCUGUUAACAAGUUGGCGGAGAUCAUGAACAGGAAGGAGCCCCGCCCUGCCGGCAGUCGCCGUGGCAACGACACGGACAUGCGCAGGAAGGAGAAGGAGAACAGGAAGCUGCAGCUGGAGCUGAAGUCCGAGAAGGAGAAGCUCAACAGCACCAUCAUCAAGUACCAGAGAGAGAUCAACGACAUGCAGGCGCAAAUCGCGGAGGAGAGCCAGGUGCGCAUCGAGCUGCAGAUGGCCCUGGACAGCAAGGACAGCGACAUCGAGCAGCUGCGCAACCUGCUGACCUCUCUCAACGUGCACUCGCUGGACUCAGCCAGCGUCAGCAGCGGCCCUGACCCCGAGACCGACGACGCCUUCCCCGAAACGAGGCUGGAGGGCUGGCUCUCACUUCCUGUGCGGAACAACAACAAGAAAUUCGGCUGGGAGAGAAAGUAUGUGGUAGUGAGCAGUAAGAAGAUCCUGUUCUACAACAGCGAGCAGGACAAGGAGCAGUCCAACCCCUACAUGGUUCUGGACAUCGACAAGCUGUUUCACGUGCGGCCGGUCACCCAGACUGACGUUUACCGCGCAGACGCCAAGGAGAUCCCGCGCAUCUUCCAGAUCCUGUACGCCAACGAGGGCGAGAGCAAGAAGGAGCCCGAGUUUCCCGUGGAGCCGCUGGCCAUCGGCGAGAAGUCCAGCUACACCUGCCACAAGGGCCACGAGUUCAUACCCACGCUGUACCACUUCCCCACCAACUGCGAGGCCUGCACCAAGCCCCUGUGGAACGUCUUCAAGCCCCCGCCCGCCCUGGAGUGCCGGCGCUGCCACAUCAAGUGUCACAAGGACCACAUGGACAAGAAGGAGGAGGUCAUCGCGCCCUGCAGGGUGAACUACGACGUGUCGACGGCGAAGAACCUGCUGCUGCUGGCCGUGUCGCAGGAGGAGCAGCAGAAGUGGGUCAGCCGGCUGGUGAAGAAGAUCCCCAAAAAGCCGCCGGCGCCCGAGCACUUCGCCCGCUCCUCCCCCCGCGCCUCCAUGAAGGUGCAGCCCAGCCAGUCCAUGAGACGGCCCAGCCGCCAGAUCCCCCCCAGCAAGCCCAGUUAACCGUCUUUGCUUGGGGAUGUGGUGGAACUGAAAGGUGACGGGUGUUUCUUCCUAACUCAAAAAGACUGAACUUUCUUGGCAUAUCCAAAAACCGAAACAAAAAUGCACAAAUACUACUUUUUAAAAGUUUCUUUUAAAGACCUUGUUUUUAAAAAAAUUUUCUUCCUAUCCUGGGUCACGGCACUUGGCUUCUGCGACGAACGUCCGUUGAGCUGGUUCAGGCCGGACAGACUGGGUUGCUGGUCUCCAUGACGACUUGUAGGCGCUUCCAAAAACCUGCCUACUUCCUUCUGUCUGUCUGUCUGUCUGUCUGCUCCCACACUCUCUCUCGCAGCCCUCUGGAGAUUAUUCUGGAACAGCCAGGCCAAAAAACAAAUGGGAGUGUAGUGCUGGAGGUUAGGCCAUCCGUAGUCUCCUCACGGUACACCUCGACAUCCCAGCGUGCUCAAGGGACACGCCUGCACCAAAAUGGCCGGGGGGCAACCAGGAAGAACCACAGUGAAUCUCCAGUGAAUAACACUAACCGGGGGACCGCAAGUCAUGUGACCAGUAACCAAGGAACGGCAAAAAAAAAAUACGCUAAACUGUGUUUCAGAAGAAGAAGAAAAAAAAAUACCUCCCAGCAAGAAGCGUCUUUAAACUACGGUUAAAAUGGCGGAGUCGCUGGUCGCUUUCCAGGUGGCACGGAGUCAUAAACCGCUACGAUCUGUCACACGCGUGCUCCCAAAUGUACGUGUCGCAUGCAUGCAUUUGGAAGUGCUGCGCUUGCCCCGCACAGCGACCUGGAUCCGCUCACGCGCAUGAACAGCGAGUCUGCACACGCACACGCAUUCUGUACUGCAAAUAAGAGCGUUUGGCACCGACGCUCAACACUGCAUUAUUGCAUUUAAAAAAAAAAACGUUCUCACAGAAGCAGCUUUAUGAAUGAAUUUGGGUGUGUCUGCGGGUGGGUAAGGCUGCCUGCAUAUGUUCAGGAUCUUCACAGUUUAAAAUCGAAAAGUUUUAAAAAGUUUAAAAGCGCGUGAAUGUUGUAGCAGCCUAGGUUUUUUUAUUUUCAUUUUUUUGGGUGACAUUUACUUUGAGGCAGUUCGAGUUUGACAUCCUGCCUGCCAGUCCUUUCAUGCAAAUGCCUUGACGUAAAAGAAGCGCGGAGCCCUCCGCUGUCCUGCAGGGCAUUGUGGGCCGUGUGUGGGAGUGCGAGAGCGAGUCCGCAUGGCGUAAUCGGCGUGCCGUACGCUAUCGGACAGCCGCACUUCCUUUUCGAAUGUAUCUGAACAGGAAGCGGGAGCGAGUGAGAGAGGAAGGGCACUGGAAGAAAUAUGCGCUUAAUUUCUGGAGGAUUGAGCGUCGUUGGUGCAAGUUCAUUAUCACUAUUGUGUGUGUGUGUGUGUGUGUGUGGACCUUACAGUUGCCUCAAAGUUCCAUUACAUACUUGCCUUCUGAUCCUUGUGCUCGUACUCGAGAAGAAAAGUAUUAUUUUUAUUAUUCCUGAGAUGGAACAAAGGAGUUGACCUAUUUUUUACUAAAAGCAAAAUUUAAAAAAUUAAAAAAACAAAAAGGAGGAAAAAAAAUAAACUUCACUGCAGAUAUAUCCACAAGCACUAAAGUAUUUACGGUUUGCUGUAGAGCCUUUGGAAGGUUUUAUGUUUGUUUUUUUUUUUGUAUAGUCUAUUCAUGUAGCUCCAAUCGUACUUGGAGGUUUUGGUGUGCUGUGUGAAUUAGCUGAUAAUGUCCAGGGUUUGGAAAAUGGCACACAAUAUAUGAAUAUAUAUACAGCAUAUACUUUACAUGCCAUCUUAGAAAAUGUAUUAUUUAUAAUGACCUGUCCACCUUUAUAUUUAAAUAAAGUGCUAUGUUCAAUCUGCAUGUUUUAUACUGCUGGAAAGAGUGGAGAAAAGAUUGUUAACCUACCUGACAAUAAAAUUAUGUAGCCCUCUGUUUUUGAA